UCCCUUACGUGACGUGGGGAUGAGAUCGCGAGGAGCGUUUGGUUUGGAGUCCGACACAGCAAAGGGAGAGAAGGACACACAGCAAAGCAAAGCAAACCGAAGCCGUUUCAUACAGAUACAGCCCCGCUCUUCUUCCUCCGCUCCCCUUGCUCCGCAGACCGCAGUCCGAAUAAAAGUCCCGUCCUCUUCCUCCGCGCUUCAAUCUCCCCCGGCGCACCACCUCUGUUCUUGCAGAGUAGCACGGAGGUGCAGAGUGCUGACGGGUUCGGUUGGAUUCCUCCUGCCGGUUCGGUUUCUUGGGAGUUCUUCUUGGUUUUCCCGGAGCGAUUUUGUGCGCCGCGAAUUGUUGUGGCCUUUUGGGUUGGCUCGAGACAGAGUGGGAGAAGGGCGGCCGUGUGGAGAGGUGGGGACAGGGGAGGAGGCCAUGGGCGGGCAGUGGGUUGAGGAGGGGAUGCCGCCGUCCAACCUGCAGCGCUUCUUGGACUGCACCACGCCAACCGUGGAGACGCACAUUCUCCCCAAGACGAAUGGACGAUUGUCGACUGAUGCUUGGCACCAUGCUGAGACGGACAGCGUGGAGUACUUCAAUCUUGCAGACCUCUGGGAGCAGUACUACGAGUGGAGUGCAUAUGGCGCUGGAGUUGCGGUGCAGCUUCCAGGAGGGGAGAGAGUCGUUCAGUACUAUGUUCCCUACCUAUCAGGGAUACAGCUAUAUACCAACAAGGUCCUGACUGCAUCUAGGAGCUUUGGUGAAGAUAAUGGCAUGGAUUUGUGGAGUGAUGAUGAGGACAAUGAGAAGAUGUCGAGAUCCUGGAGUUCGACAUCUGAUGAAUCAUUGUUCAACUGUGAUGUGUUAGGGGCCAAUAGGAAGCGCCCAGGGCACUUGUACUUUGAGUUCUUUGAAGUAGGUUCACCUUAUGGAAGGGUCCCGCUCAUUGACAAGGUUUACGAACUAUCCCAGGGCUUUCCUGGGUUAACAUCACUGAAGAGUGCUGAUCUUUCGCCUGUUAGCUGGAUGUCAGUUGCCUGGUAUCCUAUCUACCACAUUCCUUACCAGCGCAACGUGAAGGACUUAUCUGCAUGCUUCCUAACUUACCAUACCAUUUCCUCCUCGUUCCAAGAUCAGGCACUUGAGACCAUGACCAACGGUGGUUGUCAUCCAGUCACCAGUGGGAAACAAAAUGGCCAUAUUAUGGAUAAAAAGAGCAACACAGUAUCACUCCCUCCAUUUGGCCUUGCAGCACACAAGAUACAGGGUUCUCUCUGGACCAACCCCAUGGUAGGAGAUCACAGAAAGAUGGACUUCUACUUCAGUGCGGCGGACUCCUGGCUGAAGCAGCUUGGAGUCCAGCACCAUGACUUCAAUUUCUUCAUCACUCACCCCAUGUGAACCGCUGAUCUGGAGUAGCUUGCAAAGAACCACAUGGGUGCAGACUUGAAACUACUAAAAUUACUUACACCACCAACAACAGUAGCAAAAAAGUUUACAGUAUAGUGUGCUGGUAUAAGUGAGUCUAACAGUUGCAGGAUAGGUUUUAUACUCCCUGAGUUUAUUGCAGCGACAUGUCAGGACUCGAAUGGUUUUCUGUUUCUUGUUUCUUGGCAGAAGAUGUAGCUGAUCUGUACAGAAGUUUUGCAACUAAUAUGGUAUCAAAUGUUGCGGCUGGAUCCAUAUUGUAGCUGUUGCCCUAUGAAGUUUAGAGUGGCAGUCCAGGAUGAAACUGCUUACGCAGACUCCUGUAGGACCUGAAUCUGUUGAUGACAAUUUCAGUCUCUUCUACAGUAAGGCAGCCGUAUCUACCUGUUUUCAUUC